AUGGAGACCAGAGCCCUCUGGCUAAUGCUGCUGAUCUUGCUUGCGGGGUCCUCUGGGGUAGCUUCGGAGUAUGUUGGCCUGUCUCCAAGCCAGUGUAUGGUCCCGGCAAAUGUCAGGGUGGACUGUGGCUACCCCAAAGUCACACAGGAGCAGUGCAACAACCGUGGCUGCUGCUUCGACUCCAGCAUCCCGAAUGUGCCCUGGUGCUUCAAGCCUCUGCAAGAGACAGAGCCCAGGAGGACUGAGUAUAGUCAGGAGCAGUGGCAGGAGCUGGCCACUGCCCCAUGA